AGAAAUCUGAGCUUCUCAGAGAAGAACACGAAAGCUGAGAUAAACACAUUGAUCAAGAAUCUCAUUUCUAAAAUAAAAGUCCGGUGGCAAUCGGGAAGGAACAGCUCAGGAGAACUGGACAUCAAGGAUGCAAUUCAGACAGCUCUCCAGACAACAGUGAUGGAUGUUUUGCUCCCAGAUCCGCUAACAUUUGGUUUCAGACUGGUCAGAAACAGUCUGGAGACGGACUCUGAGACAAAGGCUCAGUCUCCAUUUCCAACGGGAUCUGUUCUGUCACAUGAAGUCACUCCUAUGGAGGUUCUGGUUCGUAAUAACACAAGCGAAGCUAUCAAGUUGAAUCUAAGUGUUACUUGCAGGGACGUAGCUGGACAGAACUGCACUGAAGGAGCUGAUGCCACUGUCCUCUGGGCUGGUGCUCUUAGUGGAAUCUCAAUGGAAGUUGCGCCGCUGCAAGAAGCAAGACACUGUUUCUCACUCUACUUCCUUGUUCCAGGAGAGUACACGAUGGUAGCAGCAGCUGUAAUUGAAGACGCUAACAAUGUACUCAGAGCAAGAGCACGAACCGCAUCUUCAAACGAACCCAUCUUUUGUCGUGGACCGCCAUUUCAUGUCCGUGUUGUUGGAGGCGCACUGUGAUCCGUUUUUACCCAUCCAAAUCUGGAUUUUACUAUGUUUGUUGAGUUCACGAGAAUCAAUUAAAGUUCUGGUUCAAGUAAUGGGUCUUAUAUAUCAUAUGCUUGUGUGUGUGUUUCUGUGUCUCUUUUUUUUUUGCCUUGGAGCAUCAUAUGAUCAUCAUGCAUAUUCUGUAUGGCUUUUUUUCUUUUUGGAAUUUUAUGGCCUCAGUUCUGAGACCUUUCUUCUCAAAGUAAAUUGUUUGUACUCCGCUCAGUAAGUUCAGUUUUUAAUGAUAAAAGAACGAUUAUACCA